UAUACAUCGUUUCUUAAUACAUAUUCUCCGCUGAUGCAAUAAAUCUCGAAGUAAUAUCUCCAAAUUGCUUAUUUAAGAUGCUCAAAUGCCCAUCUAUAUUAUAUUGUUUUUUUUUUUAUUUUCGUAGUUGAUUUUUUCACUAAAUGAGAUUGUUCUGCGACAGACCUAUGAACAUUAAGUUCCCAAUUUCGAAAGCGUAUUGUCUUAAUUUGCAAAAUACCUAAGACAUUUAAUUUUCCAUAUUCUUAUUGUUGCUCUUAGUAUUGAGUUUGAACCAUCUUGGUAUCAAGCUGGUACAUAAGUUAUUUCCAACCUCUUCUCUGGGUUCUUUCAACAUCAGUUUCAGAGACCCAACCUUCAGUUCACUCAACCAUCAACCAUUCAUCCGAUUGAGUUGCUAACCCAACGCCUAUCACUUGCUAUAUGUACAACCAUCUAUCUUCAUUAAUCGCUACUAAUAGCUUGUCAGCCUAACUUCUCUUUCAUUGAUGCACCGUUACUUUUACAUACACACAUUCCAUGGCGCAUUUAUGAUGUGGUAAUAUCACUUGACUUCCCGUCGAUCGCCCGGCGCUGCGCCUAAACACCGGUGCACCCAUGUGCACAUGCGCACAUAGCAACAUAGCAUAGCAUGGCAUGUCAGAGCACAGCAAUGAUAUUAUGAAAGCCACUCACAACGGGUGACAGAUAAACCUGUAAAUGGUGGCAUUUCACUGCGACAAGCGGCGACAUUCUUGACUUAGAAUGGCAGAAGAUAUUUGUGUGCUUGAGUAUGGGUCUGACUUAAUAUGGACCGAGCUUGACUCGGUUUGGGCGUUGGAUUGAUUGUGAUGCAAUGCGCGCGAUCACGGCAUCAUUUAUAUAUAUUUAUGGUUUAAUUAAGGCAGCGCCGAAUGGAACCUCAGCAAAAACUAGUUGGUUUUCGAAAAGUGUUUGACUAAAUUUGUUGUUGUUGUUGGUGGCAGCAUAACAGCACUUUGGCGGAAGUGGCAGACAAAGAUGAAGUGGACCUACAUGCGGCAGAAGAGCGUUUAGGCGGAGUAUUCAACGAUACUUUGCAGUUGCGCCAGCCAUAACACACUCGAAGCUGACUCAAGUGCUCCAGUUCCAAUUCCAGUUCUGUUGCAAAAGAUGCGGCGACGCUAUCUCAAAGCGUGCAUCGUGAGCUUCGCGCGCGCACAAACGGGGCCAAAACGGUGGCAAGCGCUGCUCCAGUUGAUGGUAAGCGAAUUGGACGACUUGUUGGGUGAGCUGGCUGGCUGGCUGGUAGGAAGGAAGGCGGCGAGAGAUGGAUUGAGGUGAGCUUGUGUGACUCUGCAGCUCUGUGUGUGAGAGUCGCUUCAUCUCAUUUCAUCCGUUUGUCUAGUGUUCGUGUAUUGAAAGUAGCGAAUUCACUUGUCAGUUAGACUCUCCACUCCGUGUGCAUGUAACAACAGUUGCAACGUAACUGUUGCAUGCCUCAACGGCACGUUGCAUUGCAAAGCAGUUAGAAUUGAGUCAGAGACGCACAAAGAAAUGAUACAAUUGUGGAAAACUGGUGCAAUUCACUUCAUCAAAAAACAAUAACAACAAAGCGGCAUGCAACAAUUGCUGUUAGAUAUGUAGCUGCAAGUUGCAAGCUCGUUAGUUUUGUACGCCGCUCGCCGCGUGAUCAUUACGCUUGCAGGGUCGCAUUCGCAUUUUGCGCUGCUAUCCGUGCUUGCACUCAUCAUCCUCUUCUACCUCCCAUCCACAUGUGGCAGAUGAUUCACUUCGUCGUUGCUGCUACAGCGCCUGGUUGUGGCAAGUGACUUCUAUGAUGUAAGGCCAACUUUUGCCACAAACAACUACAACUUUCUACCAACGCUACUUCAUAGCUGUAUUGCGAAACGUCACCUGGGACAUUUCAGCUCCGCUGGACCUCGUACAUUCAAUUACUCGUCGCUGCUUGCAUUCUAACUGCUCGUGUUGAAAGCAGCCAAACAGGAGUGCUGAAUUUAUCGCCUGCGUUGACAGUUGCACUGAUAAAACCCGCUUAUAAUAUUUAUAUAUUUAAUGUUGUCUGUUGGGUGUAAUGAGUGGCGUCUUUCGUCGUUUCUUUUCCUCACUAGCUUGUUUUUGUUUUUGUUGCCGAUGUUUGCUGAUAGUGUCAAGCACGUCGUCCAAGUGCUGUUAAUUAGUCGCAUUAAUUAAUUAUUAAUUUAAUAAUACUUGGGUGUUAAUUUAUGGAUUGUUGUAGACGUGAUUUGUUACAAAUACUUGCAUCAAUUACUUUUUGCUUCAGUUGGACAAAAGUAAUUAACGGGACCGAUUUAUAUGGUGUUUUACAUUGAGCUUGACCCCAUAAAUAGGUCUUCCUCCGAGGUAUAUGCAUUAAUUAAGAGAAAAUCGACAGAAAUUAGGCCCUAAUCGGGAUUUAGGAUACAACUUAAAUAGUUUAAAUAAUACUGAACUGUCUUUGGAAGGUCAUUGAGGAUACCUACUUUGAAUCGGACGAACCGCUGCAAACCAGCUAAAUUAGUAUUGAGGUUAGCACCCCGAAUAAGCUAUCAUGCUACCGAAAACAUUCUUUCCUAAAGGUCGAAACAUAAACUGUCUACUUUCACACUUUCCCAAAGUAAUUUGGUGUAUACGGGCUGCAUUAGUGUUCUAAGACCUGAGGUGUUCCUACAAUGUAUAUUUUGUCAAACGAACCUUGAAUUAGCGGAGCGAUCUUGCAUAUCUAAUGGAGCCGUACGUGUCUCUGAAUUGAAGACUUGUAGAAAGUUCCAGUUAAUACUCUGACUCAACUAGAUAGAUGAGAGAACGAGAACAGUUUUUUUAUUUGUUGUAAAUAAUAAAGCCUUGAAAGCCACCAAGUGGGUCUACAUAACUCGUACGAACUCGGGGAUUCCACUGUUCAAAGAUUGGCGACCCGACACCAUUCCUUUUUUGGCGAAAGCCUUGUACAGCUUCAACAACAAAACGAAGUAAAUAAGUAAAAUAGUAAAAUGUUCGCUAACAAAACGAAGCAGAUUAAAUAUGCAACAGUUCACGAAGUCGUAAUUUCAGUACAAAUUCGGCGAAAAUGUUGAAUUGCUUAGAUUGUUAGCCCAAAUUUGGUAAUUUCUUGUUGAGCAAACUCUGCAACAUUUUUCCCCUUUGCAGCAAUUUAAUUACAUUUUUAACGAGCGUAAUUUAGUUGUCCAAACAAAUAAGACAAAUUUAUAUUGACAAUUCACUACAUUUUCGAAUUAACUCAAACACAAAGAGCACAAAAGGGCACACACAGCACUAAAGCCAGAUUCCGUGAAUUAGGGGGAUGCCAUUAAAAGCGAAGCCAACUCUAAUCGCGGCCAAGCAAAAAGAAAUCAACAAAUAAACAAUGAAAAAAUUAAAAAUGUGAAAAAGCGUUUCUGGACCACAGAUGUUGAAUGAGCCAAGAGUCGGUCGUCGUGGUUAGGAAGGAAGUGUACCGUAAGCAUUGUGAUGAUCACCAACGCAGCGUUCAUCAACAUCGCGUUGAACGAGAUAGCAAUCGCGAGCGCUAUAAUUUCGUUAGUUUUUACUGAGCGCUCAAGUUAACGAUCAAUUAGCUCAAUUUCCGCACGAAAUUACUUUUUUCUCUUAACUGUAGUAGCCAACUUUGAAUUCGCGAACAGUUUGCAGUAAAAAAAGUGCACCCAAAAUGAGCUUACUAUGGAAAAUAAACUUCAGGAGAUCUUUAAAGUUUAUAAAACAAAAGCAGUAGCGUUAAAUAAAAAAUAUUUUACACGACAAAGAGGCAAUUUACGAUUCUUACAUUUUUUUCUUUGAAGCAUUUUUUCUGCCCGCGCUUUAUCGAAAUGCGUCCCAAUGUUUAUAAACCGCUCGCACGCGAUCAGCACUGUAACCGACUGGCCUCACUGAGUUCGUUGGUGCACGAUCAACUUUAGUUGCUCAUUUAAAUAAAAUUGAAGACAUAAAAAGAAGAAAGCUUGGAGAAUCACAAGAUAUAAAGAUAAGCGCGUUUGUAACAAAACAAGAAGAUGCUAUAUGUGAUGAAGUGUGGAGAAAAGAAAAUCCGCAGUAGGUGAAAAGUAAGAAUUGCUUAGAACUCGCACCAUUGUGUGAGGAAAAUUGGGUAAAGUUAUUUUUACACUUCAUUCACACGACGCGCCGACUGGUUCAAUGAAGAGAUUAAAUUCGACCACAUGGAAGAUUUUACGCAAAGAUCUUGGUGUAAAACCGUAUAAAAUACAGCUCGUGCAAGAACUGAAGCCGAACGAUCUGCCACAACGUCGAAUUUUCAGUGAAUGGGCCCUAGAAAAGUUGGCAGAAAAUCCGCUUUUUUAUCGACAAAUUUUGUUCAGCGAUGAGGCUCAUUUCUGGUUGAAUGGCUACGUAAAUAAGCAAAAUUGCCGCAUUUGGGGUGAAGAGCAACCAGAAGCCGUUCAAGAACUGCCCAUGCAUCCCGAAAAAUGCACUGUUUGGUGUGGUUUGUACGCUGGUGGAAUCAUUGGACCGUAUUUUUUCAAAGAUGCUGUUGGACGCAACGUUACGGUGAAUGGCGAUCGCUAUCGUUCGAUGCUAACAAACUUUUUGUUGCCAAAAAUGGAAGAACUGAACUUGGUUGACAUGUGGUUUCAACAAGAUGGCGCUACAUGCCACACAGCUCGCGAUUCUAUGGCCAUUUUGAGGGAAAACUUCGGAGAACAAUUCAUCUCAAGAAAUGGACCCGUAAGUUGGCCACCAAGAUCAUGCGAUUUAACGCCUUUAGACUAUUUUUUGUGGGGCUACGUCAAGUCUAAAGUCUACAGAAAUAAGCCAGCAACUAUUCCAGCUUUGGAAGACAACAUUUAAAUGAAAUUAUCUUCAAAAAGUAAAUGUCAUGAACCAAUCUAACGUUUCAAAUAAAGAACCGAUGAGAUUUUGCAAAUUUUAUGCGUUUUUUUUUUUUAAAAAGUUAUCAAGCUCUUAAAAAAUCACCCUUUAGAAUGACUGGCGAAUUGUUUUCUCUUUGGCAAAUAAAAAUGUUUUUGGUCAUUAAUUUAGACUAUGACAAACUUCUAACCAACAGCAACAAUAAAUAGUAGAUCAAAUUACUUUAUUUGAACAAAGUGCAUUAACUGAGAUGGCUCCCUUGUUGUCUCGGGACCCUAGUAGUCUCGGGACCCUGGGAUCACGAGAUUCAUUCGAGUAGUUAGGUAGUCUUAGGUUACUAAAAAGAUUCAUUAUCAUUGUUGGUAGACUCCACUCAUUGAAUUGUCGAGCAGCUUGGACUACAUAGUCACUAAAGCACGGGGCUUCGCCGGUAACAACGUCAAUUAAGUAUACUGGAUCAGCAGUUGCCAAAUCUCGUUUUCGAUCUCUACUCGAAAUUUUGGUAGAAGUCUGGUGACAAUAAACGUAUAUCGUAUAUAUACGAUAUAUGAGUUUACUAAGUCGUUUCAUAACUAUAAUCGAAAUCAUCUUCUUGAUUUGUUCUGUCGAAGAUUUUCGAAUACAAUUUCUUUCAAUUUACGAUUGAGGUCUUGACCACAAAUAAAGUACGUUUUAUAAGGAAUUCUUCAAUAUUUUCGAUAUAUAGUAUUUGCCUUCUCAUUGCCACACUCAUUGAAAUAAUAUCUUCCUUUAGGGUAAAAUAAAACGUAAAUAUUUUUUACUCCCUUGGUUUCUCGCUAUUUUAAUUGGUAAAAAGCUAAGAGAAGCAAUUCUCUUUAAAGUGCUUGCGUGAUUAAAUGUCAUUGUAAAGAAACUGGAACUAGAUUGAGAUAACUAUAAAAAGUUCCCAUCUGGAAUCAAAGUAGGUAUGCUAGAAAUCCUGGUAGAGAAGUCGCCACUAACUCGAGUUUGCUGCAUUAUUACGAUAUUUCGCAGGGAAGUUUAGAAACAGUCAAGGAAACAAUGAGACAGUUCUAGAGACUAGUAUUGUUACACUAAUUUCUAAGGAUGAUCAAAGUAGAAACAUGAACUGCUGAAGUUUUUCUCCGACUCUAAGUUAACAUCCAUAGGGUGGACUACAAAGCAAAUUAGUACAGACAUACCACAAAAAAUCAAACUCAUCUGAUCCGCUGAUUGAUUGUAAAAGAUUGAACUAAGUUCAGGUAUUGCUAUCGAUGAACUUAGGGUUAUCUUGAUUAAACACUCUCGAGGCGGUUGUCUCAUAUUAACAACCGAUUCAGAAUGAAAGUUUUCAUUAUAAUUUUGGGCAAAUAUAUUCCUAGUAGACAAUUUUUUCGAUUCUCCCACACGAGUGUGAAACACUGUAAAGCUUGGCUGCUGGACGGUAGGAAAACAAAUUAUUUGGCCUUUCUCUUCUCCAUUCUUUCAUUGAAAUUUUGGUUGUUUGUUUUUAUAAUUUGUUUUCAUUUAUUGUUGUUUGUUCUUUUUUGUUCUUUGACUCAAAUGAUCUUGGCUGACUUUACAUUCUAACAACUAUGACAUUAGACGCCUUUACCUUUUUUUCGUUGUUGUAUAAUCGACGCUACGAUGUGUGUGAUGUUUUGUUUAUUUGUUUGGCGCGGCUGCGCUUCGCUUCGCAUUCUAGGUGAACGCGGUGAACGCUAUUUUUCACGCUUCGCCUAUGUGUGUGUAUGUAUGGAGGCACAUUGUUUGAUGUAAAAGUUAGUUGGUCAAAAGUUUUCAUUUUGUUUUUAUUGUUGUUUUGGCACUUUUUCGUUUAUUUAACACGUGAACGCUUCAUUUUUUAUAGCGGUACUCUGCUUUGGUCGCCCGAUCUUUUGUUUAUAGGCGGUUGGGUUGUUGGGAAGCUGUCUGCUUAUUUAUGCUUCUUCUACCAUUUUUCAACACACAACCGGCUUGAGUUCUUAAUUUACUUUUCUCUAUACGUGUGUGUGUGCAAUUUUAUUGUGGUACAUUUAUUUUUGUUGUUUUUUGGUGGAAAACAGCGUUGCUUUGGUUCAGCACCUCAACGGUACUAGAAAAUUUAUUUUUUACUAUAUUUUGCUUUUGUUGUUGCUAAGCUACACUUUCAGCACAACCAACAGAUUUGCGUUCACAUAAUAUUUUUGUUUUUGUUGUGCAUUUUCUGCUGAACUUUUCGUUUAUUUUGAUUAUUUUAAAUGUCGUUAGUGCUUCGCUUUGUGUGUUGUUGUUAUUGCUUUUAUUUGCCAUUGUUGUUUAUUAGGUAACAACAUUCACAUUUCACUGCAAAGGUAAUCUUGAUUUACGAUUGGCCAUUAAAUUUAACUACCGUUACUCUUUCGCCGCUGGACCGCAAAAUCGCACAUACAAACACUUAGCAUAUGCAUAAUUCCACACAUGUCCGCAGCUUUGGCCACAAGUGGCCGAACUUGCUCGCUCUUGACCAUUUCGGGCAGCAUCGCUGCUCCUGCGUAGCGGUAGCGUUAGAAAGUUUGGACAAAAUUCUGUUUGGUCACAUGCCUUCACUUACUUAUACGCAUGUGUUUGUAUGUAUGUGCAUUUCACCUUUUUUGGUAUUACCCAUUGCUGUUGUUGUUGUCGUGUGAAAUUGCAUAGCAGCACUUCGUUUGCUGGUGAGAUUUCGGUUGUCUUUGCGUUUUGGGUAAAUGCUUAUUGCCAAUUGGAAAGUGGUAAUGGUGCGAAAUCUUAUUUGACCAGCGCCUUACCGGGAGCUCGAUGUUGAUUUUUUCUCAAAUUUAUUUGGGGAAAAGUUAUGUUUGUAUAUGAUAUUUGUAUAUUUUUUUUGGCUAGCCAACCAAAGGUUAGCGAUAUACAGACUGAAAGUAACAUAAAUCCAAAUAGUAAAUAGACUCCGGUGAAUUUGUGUUGAACCCUUUUUCCUGGUAUAUUUUGGUGUGUCUAUAAUAAUAAUCGAUAGAAAAGUGUGUAAAUUGGUAUAAUCCCACAAGGCUGAUUGAUUUAAUUUGAUUAAUACAUGACAUUUUUUCUUCCGCAGUUAUGAGUUUCCCAUAAAUAAAAAGGGUGGCUCCUUUCAAGGUUCCCUACUUUGUUAAAGAAAAAAACACAGAAAAUUCAAAUUUAGUCAUUCGAAAGAACAUUACUUGGCAUUUAUUUUUUGCAGAUUAUCUCUUUUAAAUGUUGGCCGCGACUACGUCUCAAUUGGUCCAUCCGUUGAGCUCAUUUUUCCAUGACUCGUUAGAGCAUUUCGACUGGUAACAGCGAAAGACACGCGUGGUGUUUUGCUCCAAUCCCUGAAUCGAAAUGGGAUUGUCCGCAUAGACAAUAUCCUCACAGGAAAAAGUCUUACGGUGUGAUCUCACACGAUCUUGGUAACAAAUCGAUUGGCCCAAAACGUGAAAUGAUCAGCUCAUCGAAGUGAUUUCUCAACAAAUCCAUUGAUUUAUGCAAUUUGUUGGAAGAGGCGCCGUCUCGUCGAAACCAAAUGUCGCCGAGAUCACAAGCUUCAAUUUUAUGCAUCACAUGGUUGGCUAUUAUGGCGCGAUAACAGUCGUCAUUGACGGUUAAGUCCUCACUGGUAUAAUUUUUCGAAGAAAUUUGAAUCUGAAUGAAAUGGCAGCUCCCGAAUGCUGCAAUUUUGCUUGUUUACAUACUCAUUGAGCCAGAAAUCGGCCUAAUCGCUGAAUAUAAAUAAUUAGGCUCGGAAACGUCGGAUCUUUUUGGAACUUUUCAAGAACCUAUAGAGCGAAGCGAUGUCGGUUGGAAUGGUCCAGCGGCUUCAGUUCUUGCAAAACCUGUAUUUUGUACGCCCCAAUUCGUUCAAUGCGCCAGUCCGAGUUGCUGCGAUCGAACAUGACAUCUUGACACGACUCACGCGUGAUUUGUCAUAAAAAGGCUAUUGCAACAGAUAUCUCUGCUUGGAUCACCCGAUAGUAUUCCGGAAUAAGUAACUUACUGGGUUUCGAGCAUCACUGUGUAAAUGAUACAACUGAAGAACACUUCACAACUCCAUAGAAAAAAUUGGAAGCAUGACUAAAUUGAAAUUAAUUAAAAUAAAUGUUGUGAAAUAAAUAAGUAUUAAGUGAAACCAUAACCAAUAAGUGCUGAAGAACUACACACACAUACACAUAGAAAUCAUAAUUCACCAUGAAAGAGUGCUAUAAUUUAUAAAGUGAAGAAUUAUGCGGUUAAUGAAUUAAAGAAUUAAUUAUGCGAUUAAGUGUGAAAAAUGUGUUUGAAAAAAACUUUGCUAAAAGUAAAUGAUCGUAUGUGAGUGUAUUUUACUUAAAGCCAGAGUAGAAGCAAUCGACCGCUGUGCUAGUGUUAGUGUGUGUGUAUAUCUAUGAAUUAGCAGCAGUUGAGCAAAAAGCAGCAAGAUGAAUUGUCUUUGCCGCCCCUCGCGGAUUAUGUCCGUGCGCAUCAAUUUGCUGGACGAAACGGAUUUCUUACAUGAAAUAAAGGAUGAUUUACCGGGCCAAGCAUUGUUGGAUGUUGUUUUCGCCAGACUUAAUUUAAUCGAAACUUCAUAUUUCGGCAUACGCUAUAUUGACGAGGAGAAUCAGACGCACUGGCUGGAUCCAGCGUCUCGUAUAUCACGACAACUCAAACCCAAAUCAGAUCCAUAUGAUUUGUAUUUUGGUGUUAAGUUCUAUGCAGCUGAUCCGUGUAAAUUACUCGAGGAAAUUACGAGGUAUCAACUGUUUCUACAAGUGAAACAAGAUGUCUUACAAGGCAGAUUACCGGUCGCAUUCGAGUUGGCUGCAGAGUUGGGUGCAUUCGUUGUGCAAUCCGAAUUGGGGGAUUACGAUCAGCGUCGUCACUCCAAAGGCUAUGUGUCCGAGUUUCGUUUACUGCCGAAUCAGAGCAGCGAACUGGAAACACGUGUCGCCGAACUUCAUCAGCAAUUAAUGGGCAUGUCACCGGCGACAGCGGAGCUAAAUUAUUUGGACAAAGUUAAAUGGCACGAUAUGUACGGCGUCGAUUUGCAUCCGGUGUUGGGCGAGGACAGUGUCGAGUACUUUCUGGGUCUGACGCCGAGUGGCAUUGUGGUGCUGCGCAACAAGACGACAGUGGCUCAUUACUAUUGGCCGCGUAUUGCCAAAGUUUACUACAAAGGACGCUAUUUCAUGCUGCGGAUAAGCGAUAAAAAUAACGAGCUCAGCACCUAUGGCUUUGAGACGCCGCGCAAAACCGCUUGCAAGCAUUUGUGGCGUUGCUGUGUGGAGCAUCACGCCUUCUUUCGCAUGGUACGCGUUGCACCUUUACCGAAUUCGCAAUCGAAUAAUUCGGAUUUAUUUCAACUCGGUUCGCGUUUACGCUACAGCAGUCGUACGGAGAAACAGCCAACGGCCAAGGAUGCACUCUCGCUGGGUCGCAUACAGCCGGCAUUCACACGUGUCCCCUCGAAACGCCAGCCAAGACGCGUGAUUGAUGACUUUUUGAACGGCAGUAGAAGCGCCAGCAACACGCUGAAGAGCAAAGGGAUCAACGGUCACACCAAUGGUGUUGGUGGCGGCGGCGGCAACAGCGUCACCGACGGUGGCGUCUAUCAGAACGGUGGCGGCAUGCAAGCGCCCAACAUGAUGCCAAACAACUACGAGAGUCCCUACCGCUCCACCUACAGCAUACCCACGAGUCUCGGCAUACGUCCCUACCAUCAGCAAUCCCAUUUGAGCAACAACGGCGGUGGCAGCGUUUGCAACAGUAAUUUGCAAACACCUGACUCGCCGCGCAGCACGCGCAGCGCUCCAUGGCCACGUUCCCAACAGCGUUCGCUGUUCGGCAAUAAUCCCUCAAGUCCGCGCUCGGUGCGUUCAGCGAUCGCAGGCGGUGGCGGUGGUGGUGGCAGCGGCUCGCAUCAUCACCAUCAACACCAUCACCAUCAGUCCGGUUCAUCGCAGCAUCGGCAUUCAUCGCGUUCAGCGCAUCGCGAUCACGUAUCUUCAUCCUCGACAUCUGCACAUCAGCAGCGUUAUCGCUCGAGUUCGGUGGAGAGCCAUUCAUCAAACGAUUCACGUUCGACGCGCAGGCAUAAGCAUCGCCAUCGACGUACCUCCGAUAAUGAGAGUGAAUUAUCGCGUGGAUCUGGCCGUUCAGGUCGUUCGCAUCAUCGCAAGCGUCGACGUUCGCGUCACCGUCGCGACUCUGCUGGCUCGGAGCAUGAGAGUACGCGAGGUCGCAGCUAUUCUGGCCACCGUUCAUCGUCGGUGCGCAGCGGUUCGGCGGAGUUAAUCGAUUCCACAUUACAGUGGCGCGAAGUGCAACGCCGCCAGGCCGAAGCUAGUAUGGGUCAAAGUUCCGUACAGCAGGCGUCCGUCUCGAAGAGUAGCGUGGUGGCGCGCAGCAUGCACAGCAACGAUAGUCAUUCGGAUACGCAUUCGCAUCACAAAUCACGGCGACAUCGUAAAAACAAAUCUCCCUCCGAUUCGCGCAAUCGCAUUUGGUCUAGUGAACUAGCGAAACAUUUACAAUUCGGUCUAGUCGAUACGGCCGGCAUGACUGAAGAUCAGUUGCGCGAAAUACCCUACACCGUGGUGGAGACGAAUUCGAAACGUUCCACAAUGAAUAUGAAGAUCCACAAGAGCGGCAGUAAGGGUAGUGUGGGUGGCAAGAGUACUGGUUCGGGUAAUACGAUAACAAAUGGCAGCGGUUCGACGAGUGGACAAGGCAAAAAUCGUGUGGAUCGCAUUAGAGGAAAAUGUGAAUCGGGUCAACCAAAUCUCAACAAUGAUCGUAUCAGAUUGUAUUUCCAAAGUUCGAAUGUGACUGAUACUACAAGUGGUCGAAAUGGAUCCAUACGCUCCGCCAGUACAAUUUCCUCGAGAGAAUGUGAACGCAAUAGCGGUUUAGUAAGAAUGAUGUCCAGCAUGAGUAUGGGCGACUUCAUCUCACCGACAGGCUCUAAUCUCAGCCCACUAGAGAACUCAGCGUUGCGUGUGUCACAUGAACACACCGAUUCCGGGCUCGGUGCCGAUCAAGACUAUGCAUAUUCCUCCGAACGAUCUAGCGAUAGCACACGCUAUGGUACUAAUAAAUCUUCGGGCGCCUCCAGCGGCAGUCAUUGCAAGUCCAUUGGCGGCGGCGGAGGAGGUGGCACCUCCACUUACAACAGCUUAAUGCAACAAACUGUGAGUAAUCAGCAAAUGCAACACCAACAACAACAACAGGCAACGCCACGCCAAACUUCAUGCUUUGCACAACGCCAACACCAACAACAACAGCCAUCUCAAACGAAACCCAUUUACAAUAACCCCAACUCUAACCAUCAAAUGGGUAAAUCGUUGGCGCCCAUACACACCUCAUCAACAUCCAACUCCCACGGUCCCACGUCCCUUGCUUCCGCCCAUCAUUCGGCCACUAACCUUACUAACGCUAAUGAGAAACGCGCUUCCAAAGCCACACACUCAAGCGCAAACAUCAAUGCAACCAACAAUCACAGCAACAACACCAACAACAACAACAGUGGUGUUGGCAAUCGUCUACUGAACUACACCACAUUCGAGAAUAAUCAAUACAAAUUCAGUUUGAAUAAUGUUUUUGGCAAAUCGACUGGUGCGUCAGCCGGCAACGGUCCUAACGGCAGUGGUGGUAACGGUAGUAGCGGUAAUAUUAUAGGUGCUCUUGGUAGUGUUGGUGGUGGUGGUGAUAAUGCUUAUGGUUGUGGUAGUAGUCAUUUAAGUUCUAGCACCAAUCGCAUGGAUAGUUUCGUCGAAUGGCCGAAUACGCCUGCAGCACCGUACUACUAUCAGGGUCCGCCGUCGGUCGCCGGUGUACACAUCAAGAAGCGCGAUGCCAAGUCAGACAUUGGCGUGCCGACAAGACGACUUUCCGGACAGGCCAUCACCAAAACGCAGCUACUCACCGGUCAGCUGCCCGCAUCCAGCUACUAUCACACACCGGCGCCCGUACACACCUCCGGCAUGGGUGGCUUCGACGGGCGUCUACAUCCCGCCAAGUCCGAUCUCUUUCUCUCCUACAUACAUCACGGCGCCGGUAGCGCCACGGCCGAGUACGAGCGUCCCUACAUUUACAACUAUAAAAUGCCGCAAAUGCCCGAUUUUCUACGUGGCACAGGGCAGGCUCAACAGCCACAGCCGUCGCAGCAGCAGCAACAACACGCGCCACCGGAGAUGCACCAACAAAUGUCAGCUUAUCACAUUUCGGGCGCUCAAACCGCCGAUCCGCCACCACCGCAGCAAACGCUUUACAAAUCGGCGUUCGGCGGUAGCAGCAGCGGUGCGGGCGGUGUGGAGAGCGCUAUGCUUUAUGGUGGCGCCACACCGGCCACCGAUGUGCUCUACUACCAGUUCGACAACGGUAAGCCGCCCAUUGUGCAACAACCGAAAUCUUCGCUGCACAAGACCGCAAACAAUGCCGCGGUCGGUGCUGGUGGUGGCGGUGGUGUUGUCGGCCCCUUAGUAUUCCUGCAACAUGCCACCACGUCGUCAGCGUCCACAUCAGUGCAACAGCAACCACAAACUUCAACCGUUGGCAAUCAAUCCAUUGCAACAUCAACAAGCACAACACUAUCUUCAACCUGCAGCGAGGGCAGCAUCGAUGAGCACAACGACGAUGAGCUCGAAGACGUGCAAGAAGUCGAAGAGGAAGAUGUGGAGGAACGCGAUGCCACGGUGGUGGAGGGAGAGCAGUUGAAGAAAGCUUAUGGCGAUGAGCUUACGCGCAAUGAUGAGUUGCUGGCAAUAUCGCCAGCUGACAGCGCCAGCGGCAACAACAAUUACAGCUGCCACGCUGCAGACUCCGUAGAGGCUGAGUGUGACGGCGAUUCCCUCACGGCCAAUUACAAUCUCGAUAAUUGCAAUGCCAAUGCCAAUAGCAAUUGCAAUUUGACUUAUAAUACCAAUAUUAAUGUGAAUGCCAACACCAACAACACCAAUCCCCGCACAAGUAGCAACAACACAUCCCCAACCAAUUGUAGUGCCCCGAAUGCAAAUGCAACGCCUAAUCGCAACCGAUGCAACAUUUCACAACUAAAUCAAAAUCAAAAUCAAAACCAGAAUCUGAAUCAAAAUCAGUAUUUCAAUCAAAAUUCGAAUUCGAAUCAAAAUUCGUUAGCACAAAAUCGCAACCAAAAUUCUAUGCAAAAUUCCAAUGCGAAUGCGAAUGUGAGCACAAAUCACAACCAAAUGAAUCCAAGUAUUUCCUCCAGUCUUGAGAUUAUACUCUCACCUAUAAUACAAAGUAGUCGACGGGCACAAUAGUCGGCGAAAUGAGCACGGAAUUAUGAGAAUUAGCCAAAUUCAAUAGACGCCAAUAGCCGAAUGUAGAGCAGCAAACAACGCGCGUUGGCAAACUGAAUAUAAUAAAUGGAGCGCUAGCGCUUGUCGAGCAGCAGCAAUUAAGUGGAGAUUUCAUACAACAACAACAAAAACAAUGGCAACAAUAUCACGACAUGUACGAGCAACAACAACAACAGCCGUUGGCGCCACCACCGAGCGCAUUCUGCAAACACUGGCUACAACAACAGCAAAUACAGCACAAAGAGCAACAAACAAAUCGAAAACAACAAUAACAACAGUAAAGCGAGCAGUAAAUUUACAAGCGCACUUAGCUGCAACAGUUGCAUGCAACAAGCACUGCGCUACACAGUUUUGGCUAAAAUAUUAACUAGCACAACAACAAGCAGGGUACAAGCGGCAAAACAUGCAUGCUGUGGCAACAACAACAACAACAGCAGCUGGAAGGAAAAAGUUAGCGCAAACCCGGAUAUUUGCAGCAAGUGCAGUUGAAUAGUUAAGUUGCGACGCCACCACAUGGUUGCGGUUGUGUUGAAAAUAUAUGUACAUAUGUGUGUGUGUGUGUAUGCGUGUCUAUAUUUGUGUGAAACUUGCAACAGAGAAAAUCGUUAGCUGGCAUAUUAGGAACUCACUAUAAAUGUGUUUACAAAAAAUAAAAAAAAAAAAAAAUAUUCAUGUUUUGAAAUAAAAUGUUGCAAGUAGCAACAACAACAACAACAAACGCAGUAACAAUAAUAACAACAUCUACUGUAUCUGCAUAACUUUUUUAGCGUGUUGCAAGCGAUACAAGCUUAAUAUAAGCAUGCACAUCAUUUGCAUGAGUAUAAGUGCUGGUGUAGUGAAGCAUAGUUUAAGGCGCACUAUUUGAAAAGUUGCAAAGCCACUUACGUUUCCUCAAGUAAAUUGGCAGUAAAACGAAACAGCAGCAAAAUAAAUGCAAUGCACUUGUAGCUGGUUGCAUAAAUGCGGAAAUAGUCCAAAUUUAUUUUCAUUUUGUUUAGAAAAAGUGAAAUAUUUCAACCGAAACUUUACUGCAGUGGCGUAUUUUUGAUUUCCCAAAUCCACUUUACAUAUAUAAACAUUUGUAAAACUUACACAUAGUUGCUGAAAAUCAAAAUUUGUAGGAAUAACACACAACAAAUAAACAGCAUAUCUGCAAGUAUUUGUAAGAUUUUCUCAGCAAAUAUUUAUAUAUUCACUCGCUUAAGCAUUCUAACAAACAGCUGAUGCCCAAGCAGGGUCUGCCACUUCCAUUUCUACUAAUUCCGCGUUAAAUGUGUUGCCAUCUGCACCAUAUUUGUACCCAAUUUAAUGUCGCUGUGCGCGUCAAGGCGUGACAACGACCUCCAUUAAAUGCAAAGGAAAUUGAUUUUUAUGCAAUUUCUGAUGUGAGGCGAUUAAACAUUUAUGACGCACAUCUCUUCUCUUCAGUUUAGCAGCUGUUAUGUACGCAUUUGUAGCACUUUUAUAUUGCACUCAUAAAGGAAUUAAGUGCUGUUAAAGAAAUUAUUUUAUUAUACGACACUGUGCAAGUAAAGGAUGGAGUUGUUGAGUGCUAGCAGAGCUCUCCAAUUUCUUAUGCUUGUGUUGAAGUCAAAGAUAAAAUUUAAAUGUUGAAGAAUUUCAGUUUAAUAUUGGAUAAAGCGUUUAAUUCGUCAUCAAAUAAUCAGCGAGACAUGUUCUAGAAAUUUGCUGAAAUGAGUUCCGCUGCUACUUUUCUUCAUUAAUCUAUGUAUCUCUUGAAUUUUAUUCUUAAAUUUUGAUUUUGGGUGAAUACAAUAUCUGGCAAAAUAUAAACUAAUAAAAAAGAUAAAAUCAGAGAUUUGUACUUGUACUUUAAAUUCUCAAUCAAAUGUUUUUCCAGUACAAAUUAAAAAAAAAUAUAUUUUUUUCGCACUCAAAAUUAAAGAAAAUAAACAGUGUUGCCAUGAAUAAUAUAAGAAGAAAAACGAAAAAUAUGAACUACCCCAAUACAAACUAGUUAAAAUGAGGCUAGCUACGGACCAGUUACUUGUACUCAGCUUAACUCUUCUUCAGAUCGCAGCUACAGCUCAGCAUUCCAUAAUAAAACAUAAUAAAUAAAAAAUAAAAUAAAAUCAAAAACAAAUAUUUAUGCAUUUAAAAUAACGGUAAAUGGUAAAUGUAUAAAUGUGCAAUAAAUCACUCUUGUAAGUACUUUAAUGAUUACUGCCAACCAAUUGAUUAAAAAUAAAACGCUGUUGCAUUUGAGAAACAAGCUUCCUAUAUUCAUUUAAACUGUAAAACUAAUACAUACAUAUGCGCGUUGUAAUGUUGCUUCCAUGGUGUUAAAGAGAAGGAAAAAAUAAAUAAAAUAAUUACAUUAAAAGAGGAAAUUACAUUAAAUUAAAGGAAAAAAUCAAUGAAAAUUUUCAGAAAAUGUGCAUAUUAGACUUAAAAGAAAAUUAACAAUACCAUGUAGCACUGCCAUCAAAACUUUUAUAUAAGCAAAUGAAGUAUAAUAUAUAUUAAAUACUUGUAACGAUUACUUUUAAAUGUAAUGCAGCAGUAAUCAAAUUGACUAAACUCGUGUUUUAGCAUAGAAAUCGAUAAAUCAAACUCUCAAACGUAAACAUAUUUUAAAUUUAAACCUUAAGUCAAAAAUAAUAAUAAUAAAAUUUGUCAUAAUUAAUUAUAUAUGUAAGUACUUGAAAAUAAGUAAUUGAAAAUGUAAUCAAAAUACCAAGCAACUAAUUUAUUAAUCAAAAUGUGUGUACUCUCACUCACUCUCACUACUUACUAAUUACUAAUGAAAAAAUCAAAAUGAAGUUAAUUAAGCAAUUAUUCAAUUAAACUCAACUAAAUGUCACAAUAUGUCAUAGUAUUAGUGAAAAUAAAUAUAUAAAACCGAUAAGCGAUCAAUUAAAAUUAAAUUUUUAUGUGUAUGUAUGUGAAUUAAAUGUAAUACAAUCAACAUAAUGCGUCAUUCACACUGAUGAAUUGUAGUAUUCACACAUAUAAAGCCAUCAAAUACAUACGCAUGCAUAGAAAAUCGUUUAUUUUAUGUAUUUUAAACGACCCACGCUAAUUAUAUAAUUAACUGAUGCUAAGUAAUACAUACUGACAUAAUUUGAUAAUUAAUUAUGAGCAUUUACUGUAGUUCGUGCUCGUCUAAGUGUAACUGAGUAAUAAUUAAUGGGCAUACUUAUGUACGAGUAUAUGUAUGUGCUAUAUUUAUAUAUGUAUGUGAAAUGCAUAUGUAAUCAUGUAUGUAUGUGUAAGUCAACAAUAUAAUACCAAGUAUGUAUUUUUUACUGUGUAGUGUUUUAUGAAUGUAACUUUUACUUGAACACGAAUAAACGAGUUUGAAUAAACGUCUUUUAUACAAAUAA